AGAAUCCUCCUUUUGUGGGCGGUCGUGGGGGCGUGGCCCAACGCGGAAGCAAAGCUCGUGGGCGUGGCCUGUGCUCUCGGGAUCCAGGCCAUAGAAGCCCAUGCAAGGAAGGCGCCAUGGUGCAGCUGUACAACUUGCACCCGUUCGGCUCGCAGCGAGUGGUGCCCACAAGGCAAGAGCCGGCGCUCUUCUGCUGCUGCGGGCGGGAGGCGCUCCUGGUGGCCUCUGCGCCGGGCGCCUGCCGGGUGGAGGCCUUCGACGCCAGGCAGCAGGAGCGCUGCGAGCCUUUGGGCUCCUUCAACACCUUGGGACGGGUCCUUCGCAUGGCCUACGCCGAAGCCGGGGACUACGUGGUCACUAUUGAGGAGAAAAACAAUUCACUCUUCCUGCGGGUUUAUGUAAACUGGAGAUGCAUGUCUUCCGGAAACUCCCGGGUGUGCGUUCGAAUUGUGGGCCAUAAUAUAGAGACACCUUUCCCAGAAGCAUCUAAAGAUCAAAUGUCAAUUAUAGAACUGCCUCUUUCAGAUCCUCCCUUGUGCUUUUCUUCUUGCCCUUUGACUGGGGACCUGCUUGUUGCUUGCAAGAAUAAACUGAUCUUGUUCUGUUUGAAGCGUCUGGCUGUGAGACCAGAUGUGACUGUGUUGGACUUUGAGCGCACCUUGAUUUUUCACAUACAAAAUUUCACACCAUCAGAAAUUGCGUUUUGUGCUGGAUUUGUAGCAGUAACGUCAGAACUGGAAGCCUUUGUCUUUAAAAUAGAAACAGCCGAUAAAGUCUCUGGUAUUCGGAGACCACACGUCUACGAAUCUUUAGAACCUCUUCAUGUUAAUGAAGGCUUAAAAGAGCAGGUUCCUUCAACUCCAUUUGAGCCAGAUGAUUUUGUUAUCUGCGAACAGCCUAUGGAGCUGCUUGAGGAGGAAAGUAGGCGAUGUGGGAUAUCUGUGACACUGGAGUCAACUGGUUUAUUUAGUGAAGACUCAAAUUUUCAAAUACGAUAUGUUCUCUACAGACGUUUCUCUCCAGAUAUGUCUUCCUUUGUCUUCUCUGUCGAUGAUGCCAAACUGCACUCCCUUCAGUUGCUGCCUAUGUAUGAAAUAGGGAAUUCUGAUACACCUGACAGAGGAGAUUCACCUGAGCAAGAACUUCUAAGUCUGUUUUGUUUUUUCUCUCUGCCUCACAUUGGCUACCUUUACACCAUUGGUAACUUGGUGGAGCUGAUUUCUACAUACCAGUAUUCGGAAAGGUCCCAGCAGGCAGUUCUGACACCACAAUUCCUGCAUGUUAUCACAAGCAACAACUUGCAAUGCUUUACAGUAAGAUGCAGUGCAGCAGCGGCACGUGACCACGAUCCAUACAUUGACACAACACUGAAGGCUUGUCCACCUGUGUCACUGGAUGUCUGUGCCUUAAGAAUGCAGCUUUUUAUAGGACUGAAAGCUAUCUCUCACUUCAAGAAUCACGUCAUAGUUCUGACAAAGGCUGACACUGAAGAUAUCACAGAGAGGAAAAAGCCUUCAAGGAGACUCCUAUCCAGAAGGAGCGAAAGCAUCAAAUCCAAAGGUUCUACAGACUCUGAGCCUGGCUGGAAUUUAUACAUUGUGCAUACAACUUCAACUCUCCAACUUUACAAAGAAAUGGUAGACUACAGCAAAACGUAUCAAGAUGUAAGAACAGAGAGUUGCAUCCACCUUCUGAGUGAGGCUCAUUUAUUAAUCAGAACAGCUCUCAUGGAUCCUGAUCUCAAGGAAUCAGAAGAGAAGGAAGAACUCCUAGUGGCAUUUCGGGAAAGUUGUGCUCUUCUAGGAGACUGCUAUACCAGGUUUGACACCAAAGACUUCCACCUUGCACUGCCUUACUAUAAGAUGUCUGGUUUAUCCAUGACUGAAGUUCUGCAGAGAGUAGAUUCAGCUCUUGAUGAUAAAACACUGAAAUAUGAGAAGGGAUUUAUAUUUUAUUUGCAUCAUUCCCUUUAUGAAGACUUAGAAGAAGAACUGAGUGAAGAACUGGCCACAAAGGUUCUUCAAAUAUUCCACCUUGCUGAACCAAACCAGAUGCCCCAUAUCAUCUGCAGUCCUUGCCUGAAAAAUGUGUGUCCUAGAAUUGCAAUGGAAUAUCUAGAGAAGGUGGAAGCGAUUGUCCCAUCUGUUGUGGUCACCCUAGCCAAGGCUUCUAUGGCUCUGAAUAUGGGAGAUCAGGAAGGAUGUAAAAAAGAGCUGGACAAAUAUGCAGAGAUGGUAUUGGUGUGUGGCUUUAUUGUGGAGCCAAGACUUCUAAGGCAGCAAAUUAAAGAGCAAACCAUCCCAACAAAGCUUGCUGUUUACCUCAAGGAGACAAGACCUGGCUUCUUUGUGGCUUCAGUAGUGGCUUUACAUGAGAACAAUAAAAUUGAACUUGAAGAAGCAGAUUUAUAUAUCAAGAUGCUGAGUAUGCAGGGUGAAGGUGCUGUCUCCCAGCUCUUAGUGGACUUCUGGGAAGCUCUCCUUGUAACAUGUGCCCAGGAUAACAUUGUCCAGGAGCUGCACUUUAAACUUGCUACUUAUUAUAUUUGGAGGCUGUCCAGAAAUCAGAUGCCUGAUACUAAGCCCCUGAAAACUGCUGAAGAUUUGAUAAAUUCCUGUGGUCAUUAUGGUCUUAUCUUUCCUUGGGUUAUGUUUAUGAUGUCAUUAGCCCCCUCUUCUAAUGAGAAUUCUUCUGAAGACCUUUCAAAAUUACAGUCUCUCUUGUGUGGCCCCUCCUUCAGUAUAGCCUCCAUCCUGCCAUUCUUGGAGGCUCUUCCAGAAGAUACUAUUUCUGGUCUAAGCAUUCAUGCUCUUUGCAGUACACGGCUAGGACAGUAUGAUCAAAUUAUUGACAAACUUUUAGAGAGAUGCCCUGAAGCAAUCAUACCAUAUGCCCAGCAUGAACUGAAGGAUGAGCGCCAGGCUCUGUGGUGGAACAAACUCCUUCCUGAGCUUUGUAAAAGGACCAGACAAAAAGAAGAAAACUAUUCUGUGCUCUUGUCAUCCUUACGAGAAACGUUAUCCGUUAUUUCCAUGGAACUGGAAUUAAAGGACUUCCUUAAUGUUCUUCCAGAGGAUGGAAAUGCUGCCUUUUUCCUGCCACAUCUGCUUCAGUGCAGCAGAAGGAAACUCAUGACCUAAGUGAAACCAGAAGUGGGGCAAAUGUUGCCACAAAUCUUUUGGGAAGAGCCAAGCAGAUGGAACUUCACAGCGCAGCUAUGACUGUAAAGACUAUAGGUUUUUGUUCUCAAGCACAUCUCAUAUGUAUGAGAAAGGUCUGUUUGAAAAUAUCCCAGUUUGUGUGUGGCCUGAAAUCCAUGCUCUCAAAUACCUCAAACACUUGGGAUAUGAAAUACAGAGCAAUCACUCCCAUUGCUAACGAUCCUAAAACUCAGGCACUGCAUGGGUGAUAGAAACUGUGGACCAUGCUGGUAAGAAUUGCAGAGUUACCCUUGCUAUAUGGAUAACACUCAGAUAUUUCUUUUUCUGAGCAAUUUCAUCUCUGAAAUCUAAUAAUCCAUGUCAGAAUUAGAGUCCAACUGGGUAUUUUUAUUCCUCUGAUAUCUAUAAACAAAAUUAAGAACAACUCCAUGUAUAAUGUAUCUUCAGUUUGGGGAGUAUAGAUCUAUUGCGGACUGUUCAUACUUCUGUAAUUGGACUGAAACAAGGUGGUAGGUCUGUUCUUUAAGCUGCAACUACAUGAUUAUCCUAGAUUAUUUUACACUAUUGAUGACAAAUACUGUUAUUUAAUUUUUCUUUAAUUUCUCUUCUGUCUGUAUUUACAAUAUUUACAAAGUAAAUAACUUGAAAUCUUUAUUUCUAGAGAAUGCAUUUAAAAUAUUUCUUUAACAAAAGUAUUGCAGAACAACUAACAAAAAAGAGUAUAUAUUUUUUCUGGAAAAAUGGUAGAAAAAGUUUUGUUGUCAUCCUUCUUGCUGUGAGGUUUUUUUUUCAUGUAGAAUGAAGUAUUAAGAAGCUCAUCUCGUGAGAAGGGAAGAGGUUGUUCACCUGACACUUUUCAGUUUUGAGACUGCUCCCCAAUGGACAUCUUUACUUGCCCUCGUUCAAUAUCAGCACUAUAAGUUGAAGAAAAUAUAUACCAUUUAGUUUUCAAUUGAUUUCAAAUUAAAGUAUGAUACAUUUCAUAAUACAUAGCUUUGUAUUAAUGUUGGAAUAUAUGAACUGUUCUGGUAUUUGUCCCUGUUAUCCACUUUCAUGGUAGCUGAAAAUCUAAUUUGGUGGGACACCAGCAGUUUGGCAGAGAAGGCUAAAGACCAUGUAAAACUACAACUCCCAUGCUUCAUUAGCAUUGGACCAUGGAAAUUUAAGUAGCAUCGAACUGCAUUAAUUCUACAGUGAAGAUGCACCUAGAGAAAGGGAACAAAAUGCAAUGACUGAAAACUGUAUAGCAUGCACUCAUAGACUGUAGCAAGUCAUGCAUGACUUCAGAUGGACCAUUUCUAGGUACUACAUUGAUGUACCAUCUAAACACUUCAUUUAUAUCUUUGUAGACAUGAGCUAUCUUAUACUACAGAUUUGCGGUUCAUUUUUCCUAUCAUUAUUUGAGAUAAUUGCAUAGCAAAUGCAUCUUGUCCAAUUCUAGCAAUGAAAAGCUUUUGCAUUUACUUUUCAUGAAGCUUAAAACUGAAAUACAUACUGGGUUUGCCUUAACAAGAUGCCAGAGAAACUAUACUCAUGAAAAAUGAUUUGUUGUAUUCUUGGACCUUCCCCCAAACUUUGAUAUCGAGGGAGAGAGGCGAGGGUAUGUGUUUUUUUUUCCCAAUAAAAGUCAACUACUUGUAUCCUGUCUUGCAUUUUUAGGGUUAACUAGAUGAGAAUAUGGGCAGAAAAUUGGUAAAUUACAAUAUUAUAGAUAGAAUUUUAUAACAUCACUCAGAAUAGGGUGAAGGGGGUGUUACCAGAUUGUGAAUGCUUAUUAGUACAGUUGUGAUUUCACAGACAAGUCUGCAGGAGCUACCCAUUCAUCUAUAUGUGUAGGUCAUUAAUUAAAUAUAUUUUUGAAUGGA